AUGUCCAUUUCCGCCAUCUACAUUCUGGACAUGAAGGGCAACGUCAUCGUCUCACGAAACUAUCGGGGAGACGUUGAGCCCAGCUGCAUCGACCGCUUCAUGCCCCUUGUGGUUGAGAAGGAAGAUGAGGGUCGACCAUCUCCCGUCAUCACUGAAAGGGACAUCACCUACAUCUAUAUAAAAUACACCAAUGUCUACAUGGUGGCGGUUACAAAGAAGAACAGCAAUGUAGCCCUCGUCCUAUCCUUCCUGUACAAAUGCGUUGACGUCUUCAAGGAGUACUUCAAAGACCUCGAGGAGGAGUCUGUCAGGGAUAACUUUGUGAUCAUCUACGAACUUUUCGAUGAGAUGAUGGACUUUGGAUAUCCGCAAACUACAGAAGGGAAAAUCUUGCAAGAGUACAUUACACAAGAAGGGCACCGUCUCGAAGUUGCGCCGCGGCCUCCAAUGGCUGUCACCAAUGCCGUUAGCUGGAGAAGUGAGGGCCUCAAAUAUCGGAAGAAUGAAGUGUUCCUCGACGUCAUCGAAAGUGUCAAUAUUCUGGCUAACUCUAAUGGCACCGUCCUGCGCAGUGAGAUUGUCGGGUCGAUUCGAAUGCGCGUGAUUCUAUCUGGGAUGCCGGAAUUGAGGCUUGGGCUCAAUGACAAGGUCGCCUUCCAAACAGCUGGAACUGCUCGCAGCGGAAAGGGCGUCGAAUUGGAAGACGUCAAGUUCCACCAAUGCGUUCGACUGUCCCGAUUUGAUGCCGAGCGUACGAUUUCUUUCAUCCCGCCCGAUGGUGAAUUUGAGCUGAUGAGCUACCGGUUAUCGACACAGGUGAAACCGCUGAUUUGGGUAGAAGCUGAGGUGGAGAAACAUCCGAAUUCGCGAGUCGAAUAUGUGGUCAAGGCCAAGUCUCAGUUCAAGCGCCAAUCGAUUGCAAAUCAUGUGGAGGUCAUCAUCCCUGUCCCUUCCGAUGCCUAUGGACAAAAAUUCCGUACCAGCAUAGGCACGGCCAAAUACGCUCCAGAACAAAACGCCAUCGUUUGGACGAUUCGUAGUUUCCCAGGUGGUCGCGAAUAUCUGAUGCGCGCCAGUUUCCUGUUGCCUUCGAUCUCGAGCGAGGAAGAGCAGGGCAACCCGCCGAUCAACGUCAAAUUCGAGAUCCCUUAUUAUACGACAUCUGGGCUCCAGGUCCGAUACCUGCGCAUCAUCGAACGGUCCGGCUACCAGGCGCUUCCCUGGGUCCGCUACGUUACGCAGAAUGGAGACUAUCAAAUCCGCUCACGC